AUGCCGAAGUCGACUUUGCAGCUUGCAUCUCUACCUCCCAUAUUCGUUUCGGAGUCCCACUUGGAUACCUGCGAGUUACACGAAAUCGAAGAUGAUGUUGUCGAAGUUGGUGGCUUACUCUCCUAUGACUUGAAAGAAGCACAGAUUGUUCUGACCAAGGCUGAACGGACGCGACGUAUCCAACUGGACUUGAGAUCAAAAGGAUGCCAUACCGAAGAGGUCGAGAUUGUCAAGGAUGCCAGUGCUUUGGAAAUCACGUCUGGGGAGCCUGGUGCUAAGAGACAAAAGCUCUCACAAGCAAACAGCAUUGGCAAGGGCGAAGCAGCAGACACGGCCAUUGACGACGUUAGCACCGAAUCGGACACCGAGGACGAGUCUACGCCUAUCAAGCGCAAGCGUAAGCAUUCACCAGUCAAUCGAGAUCCCAACGCAGGAUACUUCUCCAAUCCUUAUAUCAAAGUUUUGAGGCUACAGUGGUUCGUCGACUCUCGAAGACAGGGCGCUGUCCUGCCCAUUGAACCAUAUCUUCUCUAUCAAGGUCGCCGUACCAAGACACCACAAUCGAUUUUGAAACGAGCAAGAGCAGAUGCCGAGACAAACAUAUCCUCGCCAGUUCAGCAGCGUAGUAAUCGGAAGUUAGGUCAGAUCGGCGGAGGUAGAGUCUCUGCACCUUUCCAACCUACACCGCAUACCAAAAGGGCUCACUUGUUGCAACAAACAACCUCAGAACAUGACCUAGGCCAGUCGAGCGACCUGCCUGAGCUUCCACCAUGGGUUCGGAAUGACGUCAAGUACGCUUGCCAACGUUCAACUCCAGCUGACCCGCCAAAUACACUCUUCAUCGCUCAACUCGAGAAGAUCAAGUUGGCUCGAUUGCUCACGGGUGAUGAGAUAGGUGUGCGAGCCUACAGUACCAGCAUUGCUUCGAUAGCCGCCUACCCAUACAAGCUCACAUCUGCCCGAGAAAUCUUACAACUGCCUGGUUGCGAUGCCAAGAUAGCGAAUCUCUGGGUCGAAUAUGCAAACUAUGGCAAAAUCGAAGAGGCAGAAAAGGCUGCGAAUGAUGAUGAACUCAAGGUCCAGAGGCUCUUCUACAACAUAUGGGGUGUUGGAUCUACAACGGCAAGAGACUUCUACAAGGAAAAAGGAUGGAGAGAUCUGGAUGAUGUGGUCGAGUACGGCUGGAGCACCUUGACUCGAGUCCAGCAAAUUGGUGUCAAGUUCUACGACGAAUUCUUGCUACCUAUACCGCGUUCUGAAGUUGACGACAUCGCAUCUACCAUCCACAAACAUGCCGUCAAGGUUCGUGACAAGGGCAUGCAGAGUCUAGUGGUUGGCGGGUAUCGGCGAGGCAAAGAAAAUUGUGGAGAUGUGGAUAUUAUCCUAUCUCACCCAGAUGAAGACAAGACUCUGAACAUCAUCACGGAUAUUGUGGCGAGUCUGGAGACAGAGGGAUGGAUCACACAUACUCUACUGAUCAGCACGACGACUAGUAAUCGUUCGCAGCAGACACUUCCUCUCAACUCGUCGUCAUCUCAUGGACAUGGGUUCGAUUCAUUGGACAAGGCGCUCGUGGUCUGGCAGGAUGCCAGCUUUGACUCGGGCCCCUCUGACACCAAAAAGAAGAAUCCAAACCCUCAUCGCCGGGUGGACAUCAUCAUCGCGCCUUGGAAAACGGUUGGUUGUGCAGUCAUGGGAUGGUCGGGAGGUACGACUUUCCAACGCGAUCUACGUCGCUACGUCCGACAGACGUACAAUUACAAGUUUGACUCUUCUGGAGUCAGAGAUAGGAGGACGGGAGAUGUUGUUGACGUUGAUGGGACGGCAGACACGAUGGAACAGGCAGAGAAGAAUGUGUUUGGUGCAUUGGGAUUGGAGUACAGAGAGCCUUGGGAGAGAUGCACUGGAUGA